GCGCACACAGCCUGCCUAACUCUUGGAGAAAAAAAAAUCCCAGAAGUCUGGAUCAAUCAGAGAGAGACAGAAGGAAAGGGGAGAAGAAAAAAAAAAAAAGAUGAAAUCCAGCCUGCAGCCCCUCUGAGCAAGUGCUGGGGACCUGGGCUGUGCACACCCUCCCGGCUCUGCCUACGGAGUAUCUGCAACCUCAUGUAGUUCCUGCAGGAGACUGAGGGCUGGUUCUUCUGGGGGUGCAGCUGGGGAGGGGUGGGGGGAGAAAGAGGAGAGGGGCUCUGCCUCUGGUCCCCGAGCUCUGCGCUCCCAGCCACUGGUUGCUCAUCUGCCCAAGGGUCUGGGCUGGGGGAUAAGAUGAGUGAGAGGCGAAGAUCGGCGGUGGCCCUCAGCUCCCGAGCGCACGCUUUUUCAGUAGAAGCCUUGAUUGGGACAAAUAAAAAGAGGAAACUGCGAGACUGGGAGGACAAGGGGCUGGAUUUGUCCAUGGAAAGCCUCAGCCCCAAUGGCCAGCUAGGGGACAAUGAAGACCCGACACAGUGCCUGGACCUCAACCCCGACUCAGAGCAGAGCACUGGGUCAGACACAGAGGUGCUGGCAGAAAGGACAUCCUGCUCAUUUGGCUCCCAUUCUGACCUUACAUCUGGUGGCUCAGGUCCUCAGCCUCCUCCUCCUUCAUCCAUGGAAGAGAUCCAGGUAGAGUUGCAAUGUGCUGACCUAUGGAAAAGAUUCCAUGAUAUUGGGACAGAGAUGAUCAUCACUAAAGCAGGCAGGAGAAUGUUUCCAGCCAUGAGAGUGAAAAUUACGGGCUUGGACCCCCACCAGCAGUAUUACAUUGCCAUGGACAUUGUGCCUGUGGAUAACAAGAGAUACAGGUAUGUGUAUCACAGUUCCAAGUGGAUGGUGGCUGGCAACGCUGACUCCCCAGUGCCCCCAAGGGUUUACAUCCACCCUGAUUCGCUGGCUUCUGGAGACACCUGGAUGAGACAGGUGGUCAGUUUUGACAAGCUCAAACUGACCAACAACGAGCUUGAUGAUCAAGGCCAUAUAAUAUUACACUCAAUGCAUAAGUACCAGCCCCGCGUUCAUGUCAUCCGCAAGGAUUUCAGCAGUGACCUUUCUCCAACAAAACCAGUUCCUUCAGGUGAUGGGGUGAAAACGUUCAACUUCCCAGAGACUGUCUUCACCACAGUGACAGCCUACCAAAAUCAACAGAUCACCAGGUUAAAAAUUGACAGAAACCCUUUCGCUAAAGGUUUCAGAGACUCUGGGAGAAACAGAACGGGCCUGGAGGCUAUCAUGGAGACCUAUGCCUUCUGGAGGCCUCCUGUGCGCACUCUCACCUUUGAAGACUUCACUACCAUGCAGAAACAGCAAGGAGGCAGUACAGGUACCUCCCCAACGACCUCCAGCACGGGGACCCCGUCACCCUCUGCUUCCUCUCAUCUUCUCUCUCCAUCCUGCUCCCCUCCGGCCUUUCAUUUGGCCCCCAACACUUUCAAUGUUGGCUGCCGGGAGAGUCAGCUUUGCAACCUCAACCUGUCCGAUUAUCCCCCGUGUGCCAGGAGCAACAUGGCUGCAUUGCAGAGCUACACAGGGCUGAGUGACAGCGGGUACAACAGGCUGCAGAGCGGCACCGCCUCUGCCUCUCAGCCCUCAGAGACCUUCAUGCCUCAGAGGACUCCAUCCUUGAUCUCAGGAAUGCCUACUCCUUCCUCCCUGCCCACCAACAGCAAGAUGGAGGCGUACAGUGGCCAGCUGGGGUCAUUCCCCAGCUCCCAGUUUCAGUAUGUCAUGCAAGCGGGCAACCCUGCCUCCACCUCUUCUUCCUCACACAUGUUUGGUGGUGGCCACAUGCAGCAGAGCUCCUACAAUGCCUUCUCCCUUCACAAUCCCUACAACCUCUACGGAUACAAUUUUCCUGCUUCCCCACGGCUGGCAGCAAGCCCAGAGAAACUGACCACCUCCCAAAGCACUUUACUCUGUUCCUCCCCUUCCAGUGGGGCCUUUGGAGAGAGGCAAUACCUUUCAACAGGCAUGGAUCAUGGGAUGCACAUGAUCAGCCCUCCGUCUGGCAACCAGCAAACAGCCAACGCCUGUGACAACAGACAGUACGGUGCUGUUCAGGGCUCCUCCUCACAGAUGUCUGUGCACAUGGUCUAACAAGCGGCACGUCUCCUUGGAAUUGAAGGUGGUUGGACCUUCGUCGUUUCCGUGGGCAAACCCUUCCCCACACCUUUUUGCCUUUAAACUUAUAGUGGAACUAGUAUUGUAAUGAUAAAUACGAACACAAGCUGUCCAAGUAUGCGCCAUAAAAACCUCAUGGAAAGCCUUGACUGACAGCCACUGCAGCUUGUAAUCCGGAGCCUCCAGAUCUGGCACAGAGCAUCUGCUCUUUCUGGACAUUGCAGAGAGAAGGGCAUAGCUUUCAAGAGAAGCUGGAGUGAAGCAGCUGAAUAUGCAGUUUAAGUAUUAACUCAGCUAGUGUGAGCUCUCGGUGUGGAGGGAGCUGUGUCCCUGUACUGGCUCCUCCAGGUGUCAAAGAAAGGAAGUCUCUGAAGACCUCAUCCUGCAAAGCUGCACUGUCCAUGAGAGGCCAUAGCUCUAAAGGCCUUCCCCUUCCCAGACCGUCCAUCACUGCUAGAGCUGCUCAGCCUGUUUCUGAAGUUGCCCCUUCUCCCACUGUAGCCAAAGAAUGUUACUGCUGAGCUGGAGCUUUUCUUCCCAAAGAGCUUUCUGCAUUUAGACUAUGGUUCUGCCUGACUGACCAUUUCUUUGCAAGAGUCAAGCUCACCAGCUCCCAGUCUGCAGACAGAGAUGGGAGACAGAGAGGGAGGGAGAAAGAGAGAGAGAGAGGGAGAGAAGUUUUAACUCACAAGUGAACCUCUGACACAAGCAGAGACUGAUCUUCAGAAAGAUGCACAUGGGGAGAGGGGGCUCAUCUCCUGUUGACAUUAUCCAAAGUGAUGCACCAAAAAAAAAAAAGAAAAAGAAAAAAAGAACAACAGUCUGUGUGCAAUGUAUGUGUCCUACUCCACUCAAUGGGAGGAAACUCUCCAGACUGAGCUCAUGGGGAAGAGUGAUGAGAAAAGAGAGCUCUGCUCUACAGCAGUACAGCCAGCCUCCCUCACCUUGCAUGCAAGAGUUGCCAUAGAAAACCAUCAGCAUUUCAGUAACAGUGAGGUCGAGUAUUCUCCAGCCUCCCACCUGCCACAUGAUCUCUGCUUAACCAAAUAGAUCAUUGCCUUGACAUCUUUCUUUUCUGUUUUUUUCUCUUUUUUUUCUUCAAAUCCUUUAAAAAUAAGAAAACAAUUGUAGCUUGGUGCAAGCUAUGCAUUUAACUUGUGUGAAAAUGCAAAUACCAAGUAACAGAAUACAAAUAUUAUUGAGAUUUGUUGUGAGGUGUUGUAGAUAAAUGUAUUUAUAUGCCUAGUGGGGGAUUCAAUAUUAUGAAUAUAAAAGAGGGCAAUAAAAAUAGUAUGUAAAAUAUGUAUGAAGAAAAAAGGUGUAUAAAGAUUUGCCCUACGCACGGAACUCUGUUUCUAAGUGCCAAGCACAGAAUGCGCUAAAUAAAUCUUUGCAAUUGUU